CCGUGACGUUAUAUCUUCAAUUUAUGCUUCCUCUGUUUAAGAAGUCGCACAUUCACUCACGCCAUAUUGAAGAUAUUCUUAAAACAGGACAUAUCGCAGAAGAAUAUGCAGAAGAAAACAAUAAACGAAAUGCUUUACGUCAAGCAAGUGUUCUUUACAGAAUUGUUGACAAUGAACUCUUCAGGCAUGGUACAGAAAGAGAAUAUCAAAAAUAUGGUCUCCGAUUGGUUGUUCAUGAUGACCAGCCUGAGAAAAAAGCAGAAAUCAUCGCAAAGUGUCAUUUAGAUUAUAUGGGAAGUCAUCUUGGGAUGAACAACACAAUUAAAAAUGUGUGUGAUACUUAUUACUGGCAGGGCAUUUCAGCACAUGUAAAGAUGUACCUUAAACAGUGUGAACAGUGCAAAAAUAGGUCAAAGUUCAAUGCAGAAGAAUGGCUAGAAAUGGAAAGAAAGAAUAUAGACAAGAAGAAAGCUGUCGCCCAGAUCACAACUGAGGCCCAGCAAGAAUUGAAAAAUCUUGGUCGAAUCAAAAGACCAACACCUCCUGAAACUUUCUUCAUUGUCAAUGCUGAAAGAAAAGUAAACCUCGAAUCUGACAGUGCUGAUGCUGAGAUGAUGAUUGAUUCUAAUAAUAUAGAAUAUGUAGUUGAAACCUUAGGACAAUCCGAUGGCAUAGAUUUGGAGGAAGUUUGUCAUGUUUUGAAUGUACCUGAUAUUUUGCCAGUACCAGAGCGUUUCCGAUCCAGGGAGAUAGAAACUUUUCUCCGAGACGGUUCCUAUCCUAGUGAUUUCACUUCAAACAUGAAGUGUGGUCUUAGAGGUCCUGCUGCACAGUAUAAGAUUAUUGAGGAUGAACUGUAUCAUGAAGGAAAUAAAGUUGGAAGUAAAGGGCUAAGAUUAGUUAUUCAUGAUGACCUACCUGCACUAAAGGUAAAAGUUAUUGUUGAAUGCCACAUUGAUGACGAUGGAUCACAUCAUGGUCUCAAUAAAACCCUGAAUAGGAUAAGUGAAAAGUACUACUGGACAGGAAUGUCCGUAGAUGUAAGGAAGUUUAUGAUGCACUGUAAAAUCUGCAGCGAAUCGCGUGGCAGAAGAUUAUUUUAUGAUGGCAAAAAAUACGAGCAAGAGGCGCAAGAAGUAAAGUCACGGCACAUAAGGAAAAUGAAUGAUGCAGAGGCUUCUGGGUCUGACAUGCAGCUUGUGGCUACUCCAGUGAGUUAUGAUAGUACUGACAUAGAGCCAGCAGAAGGUUUUGAACAAGAGGGACAUCAGGUUAUAAGGCUAAUUGGUCCGAAUAAAGAAGUUACUGAAAUAACUGUUGCAGUAGUUAAUCAAGAAACUGUGACAGCAGAAAAUGAUGAGUCAAACGAGACAAAGAAGGUUGAAAAUAAUGAUCAGUUUGAUAUCAUUGCUGGUGCUACAUCAAAGGGGCAAUCCAUUGUCACUAAAGAGAUGACAGAUGCUGUAGCGCAGAUUGAAGCUGCUGAAGCUGCAAUGGAAUUGGCCGAGUUUAAAAACCAGCAAAAUGUCAACUCUGAAGAAGUGGAGCAUGAUGGAGAAGUGGAAAAUGCUGAUGAUAUUGCAGACUUCUCACAAGCUGAUAAAAAAGAACAAGGUCAAAAUGAGGAAAGUAACAAAACUGAAGUGUCUCAAGAUUCUGUUGAGAUUGAUGGAGAAACUGAUGUUGAAGUGAUUAAAAAAGAAAUGUCAGAGGUUGAGGGUGAAAUGACUCAGAUAGAAACACAGGGAGGUAUUUUUAAUGUUCUUAUAAUUAAAGAUGGUGAUCAAGUACAGGAGAUCAAAAAAGAGAUAGCAGAUGAUGAGUCUAGUAGAAUGGCCAUCACAGGGAGACAUACAUUGGAAGAGAUUGUUGGUGAAAGUACAAUCCAUCCAAUUGUUUCACCACUAUCAGGUUCAUAUUACAAAGAUGUCAUAUUUGUACCAUGCAUAUUGAAGACGAGAAUCAUUGAGAACUUCCUGAAGUUAGGAGUAGGAGCUACAGGAUACUCUCGUGCUAAGCUGAUAGAGAUGUCGGAGAAUUUUGAGAUAGUUGAUGAUGUUUUGUAUAGACGACCGUCUCGUUACAAAGGCAGACAAAUUGUCCUUCAUGAUGACACACCAGAGUUAAAGUGGAAGUUUAUAUCAGAACUGCAUGUUAAGCGUAAUGGUACCCACAGCUCCGAGGUGAUUACUCUCCAGAAUGUAUCAUUCAAAUAUUUCUGGGAGGAAAUGAAAUGGGACAUUCAUCGUUGGUAUCCAACGUGCAAGACAUGCGUAAAUGAGGAUGGUAUUGAAAGGAGAUCCAACAAGAAGAUACUCAGUGUCGAGGAGCAGAAAAUGUUGCUGGAACAAAAACGAAGGGAGAACCGUAUGUCAAGCACGAGUAUUUUAAAAUCACGCACAUUUAGAAAUAAAAUGAAACAAAAAAUUUAUGAAAUCCAGCAUCCACAAAUUUACCAGAUGGGAGAUGAAGAUAUUAAGAAAAUGGGUGGAAUAGAAAUUAAAGGUACUCGUACAAAUGAAGAUUCAGACUUUGAGUUGUCAAUUCCUGGUUUAUCAGAGGAUGGUAAAGCUCAUGUAUUGAAAGUCAGGAAGAAACCAAACUGGAAUGUACUAUAUGAUUUGAUGAUAUAUGCCACACUGAACCAAGAACAGUGUAUUAAAGAGAUGUAUGCUAAGAAAGGAUGGAAAUACAACCUUAUAUCAGUGUCUAAAGCCGUGGAAGAGGAAAUCUUUGACAAGGAUGAAGAUUACUAUUUAUUAUCAUUGAAAGUUACAUCUGUACAGGAGAAUGCCAUCACUGAAUUGUUCAAGGCUAUGGGACUCGCUAUAGAAUCUGCUGAUGAUUCUAACAAUGCAACUUUGUCUUUUCCUGAUGGGAACCAGGCAACAGGUGACAAUAAAGUGGAACCAGCUGUACAGGAACUGGAAGUACAUAAUGAUGAUACUAUUGCAGAGAAGGAUUCUACAAAAAACUCAUCACUGGAAUUACAAAAAAAUUUACAAGACACUUCACCAACAAAGCAGCCUAAAGGUCUAGUCCGUGUAGAAUUUGAGAGACUUCAGCCUUCAAAUGAGAAAGUUGACAUAAAAUCGACAAUGGUAAGAAAGAGUGGCAGUAUAUUGUCAGAUGUAGCAUCAAAAAUUAGAAGAACUGAGCCAGGUGAUGUGGGUAAACCCUCUCUUGUUCAGUCCCCAAAGAUAAACACCAGCAUUAUUGAUCAAGUUUCAACCAGUUUUCAAUCUACAAGACGCUUCAACAUUCUUACAAAAUCUCCGGUAAAAUCAGCAAGAGCAACUACUGUGCAAAGUGUCUCACCAGUUAAACCUGAUACUAUAAAAGCCACUGUUAUAGAUUCACCAGCUAAAGCAGAAGCAAGAAUUACUCCUAACAUUAUGCCAGUGAUUAAAUCGGAUACUAAGAAAACUGAUAACUCUGUCUGUCAAAGUACACCAGUUGUUGAUAAAUCAGCAACAAAGAGAAAGAUAAUGGAAACACCAGUUUCAGAAAACCGUAGGUCCAGAAGGGAGAUCAAGAAACCAAGAAGAUUUAGCCCUGAUAAUUCACCUCCCCCAAAACCUGCCAUGAUAAAGAUUGAACCACCUCCAAUGCUGGAUGAAGUGGAAAAUUCAGAUGAAACUGAUGAUACUGAGCAGCUUGAAACACCGAAGAGGUCAAGAACCAGAGGAAGGGAACCAGCAAAUGUUAGGGCCAUUGUUACCUCCCCAAAGAAGAGUGCUCCUAAAUCUCCUAAAGCAGGUACAUCCGGAAACACAAGGUUUUCUCAGAAUUUACCUUCAGACAUAGAUUUGGCAAGAAAGCAGAAAGAACAAGAUCAGGGCGAAGAGGUAAAGACACAAAAAGAUAACAAAGUGAAAGAGCCUGCCCAAGCAAAAAUUUCAGUUAUGAGUAAAAUAAGAAUAAGAGUGAAGAAAGUUCCAAAAGAAAUAAAUUCUUAUCAAACAAAAUCAGUACAAGAUAAAAACUUAACCAACACUAAGAAAAAUGAAGAAUUAGAUAAAGAUGUGAUGAGUUCAGAAGGCAAAACAGUCAAACCGAAACUGAGGAUGAUGUUACACAUAUCAUUGAUGAAUUAGACUAUGAUGAUGAUGACGAUGAAGAUGAUGAUGAGGAUUACGAUGAGGACGAUGAUGAUGAUGAAAUGGAUAUUGAUGAUGAAGAAGAAGAAAGCAUGAAAUUACCUCUUCAUGUUAUUCUAAAUGAUGACAUAGAAACCAUGGAACCAGUUGAAGUCGGUAAAGGUUAUGCUUGUUCUUUGUGUGAUGCAAAGUUUCCCAAUAAAAGUAAAUGUAUUCAGCACGGCCAGAAGAAUAACUGCAUGGUGGAAUGUGAACUGUGUGGUGUAACAUACAGGAAGAAAGACCAAGCACAGUUCACAAUUCAUGUUGAGCAGCAUCAGAAAAGCAAGAAAUUUCCGUGCAAAAAGUGUAAAAAAGUUUUCUUUAGUGACGAGCAUUUGAAAAUUCAUUCCAGAUGGCAUAAUAAUGAAGUAAUGACAAAGUGUGGCAAGUGUAAGGAGGAUUUUUACACAUGGUUUCAGUAUGCAGCACAUAUGGUGUGUCAACACAAGGAGUGUAAUAUGUUUACAUGUGAUGUGUGUAAUGCUAAAUUUGCCAGUAUUAAUUUUAUGAAGAGCGAGUUGAAGUUUGACGGAAAGUUAUCAUAUUUCAGAUGCAUUAUGUGUGAUAAGUAAAACUGUAAGAACAUCAUGGAUUGGAUAUCAUACUGACAAUUGAAAAAAAAAUAUGUAUCAAUGUAUUAUCAAAAAUUGAACUAUGUUGUAGGCUUAUUUAACAGUAAAUAUGUUUUUUCUAA